UAUAGAAGAUCAAGUCAUUGAUAAAUCAUUUAAGGAGACUUGCAAACUAUGGUACAAGGAAUUUAAUGAACUUUAUACCAAUAAAAUUGAACCUUCUGAUUAUUUAUUCAGUAAGACACAAAAAGUUUUUGGAAUUUUAGCAUUUCCUUUUGGUCUUUAUAUGCUUUUUGAAACUAUAAAGGCUACUGAAGUCUAUAAAAAAUCAAAAGUUGGUGGAUGUGCAAUUAGUAAUAAUGCCGGAACAAGAAAAGUGGAACAAUCUGGAAGUUUCUCCAAGAGUCAUGGCAGCAGUAAUGAUAAACAGUAA